GCCGGUCACAGAGCGAUGGAGUGGGCCCCCACAGCCCCGAUCUACCGACUCACGGGGCCCAGAAAAGCCGGCGGGAGAAACAGAAGACCAGGCUCCGCCCACGGCUGGCUCCGCCCCCCGGAGGCUCCACAUCCGGCACGGUGUUCUGAGUCCGGCACCAUGGCGCUGUGUGAGCGUGUUGCUGGCGGGAGCUCUUUGCUCUGGCCUCGCGUGUUGCUUUUCGGGGACUCCAUCACCCAGUUUUCUUUCCAGCCGGGUGGAUGGGGCGCAUUGCUGGCUGACCGACUUGUCAGAAAAUGUGACGUUCUGAAUCGUGGAUUUUCAGGUUACAACACCAGAUGGGCCAAGAUUAUCCUCCCAAGACUAAUUAGGAAGGAGAACAGUGUGGAAACCCCGGUGGCAGUUACCGUCUUCUUCGGUGCCAACGACUCCUCUCUCCAAGGUGAGAACCCCAAGCAGCACGUCCCACUGGAUGAGUACAGAGCGAACUUGCGGGACAUGGUGCAGUACCUGACGUCUGCGGGCAUCCCCCAGGAGCGAGUCAUCCUCAUCACCCCGCCCCCGCUGCACGAAGCAGCCUGGGAGAAGGAAUGCAUCCUGAAAGGGUGCAAACUAAAUCGCCUGAACGCAGUUGUGGGUGAAUAUGCUAAUGCAUGUGUACAAGCAGCCAGAGACUGUGGGACGGAUGUCCUCGACCUGUGGACCCUGAUGCAGAAGGACAACCAGGACUUCUCAUCCUAUCUAUCAGAUGGCCUGCAUUUAUCACCAGUGGGAAACGAGUUUCUGUUCUUAAACCUCUGGCAGCUGCUGGACAAGAAAUUCUCCUCUCUGCCAUGGCUGCUUCCCUACUGGAAGGACGUGGAGGAAGCAAAGCCCGAGCUGAGUCUUCUAGGGGACGGAGACCAUUAGUCGGCCCGGGAAACCUUCCCAGUUGGUAAUUCACAAACAUCUAGAAGCUAAUUAAACAUUUUUUCAAGAUUAACAUCUUUAUAGACAUUGGUGUUUUGCCUGCAUGUAUGUCUGUGUGAGGGUGUCAGAUCCCCUGGAACUGGAGUUAAAGUUGUGAGCUGCCGUGUGGGUGCUGGGAACUGAACCUGGAUCCUCUGGAAGAGCAGCCAGUGCUCUUAACCACCAGGCCAUCUCUCCAGCCCCCUA